UUAAUCAUUGUAAAUGCUUGUUGAGCUGAGUUGUGCACUCCCCUGAAAUUCUUCCCAAAAGGCAAUUCCUUUUUCCACUUUCCCCAAACCCCCACUUUAUUUUUGGGUGGUUUAUUUAUUUAUUUUUCAAUCUCCAAGGCCUACAUAUAGGGGAUGCCCCUGCCACUCUCCUUUAGAGUGGCAGUUUUUGUCUUCAUGGCUAUUCUUCUUAUGUGAAAAUGGUAGCUCAAGGGCUUAUAUAUAUGAGUAUGUGUGUGGUUCAUAAUACUUGUGGUGACUCCAACUGAAACAAGUUGUUACUAUCUUCAAUUCUCUGUGAGUUUGGGUUUGGAGUUGGAGCACCAAUGGCUAUCUUCUUCAUGGCAAUUUUUUGUGUGAUCUUGGUGCUCUGUUUUUGCUCUGCUCUCUUGAGGUGGAAUGAAGUGAGGUUCAGGAGGGAAGGUUUACCUCCAGGAACAAUGGGGUGGCCUGUUUUUGGUGAGACAACUGAGUUUCUCAAGCAAGGUCCAAACUUUAUGAAAAACCAGAGGGAAAGGUAUGGCAGUUUUUUCAAAUCCCACAUAUUGGGGUGCCCUACCAUUGUUUCCAUGGAUCCAGAGCUUAAUAGAUAUAUACUGAUGAAUGAAGCAAAAGGGCUUGUUCCUGGGUACCCACAAUCCAUGUUAGAUAUAUUAGGAAAAUGCAACAUUGCAGCUGUUCAUGGCUCCACUCACAAGUACAUGAGAGGGGCACUGCUUUCCAUCAUUAGCCCCACCUUGAUCAGAGAUCAGCUUUUGCCAAAAAUUGAUGAGUUCAUGAGAACCCACCUUAGUGAUUGGGACAACAAAGUCAUCAACAUUCAAGAGAAAACUAAAGAGAUGGCAUUUCUCUCUUCUCUGAAGCAGAUUGCAGGCAUGGAAUCAAGCUCAAUAUCACAGCCUUUCAUGUCAGAGUUCUUUAAGCUAGUUUUAGGAACUCUCUCCUUGCCUAUUAACCUUCCUGGCACAAAUUAUCACCAAGGGUUACAAGCAAGGAAGAGCAUUAUUAGCAUUCUGAGUCAACUACUAGAGGAAAGGAGAGCAUCCCAAGAUAGACACAUAGACAUGCUUGGAUGCUUGAUGGGAAGAGAAGAUAAUAGAUACAAACUAACUGAUGAGGAAAUCAUUGAUCUAAUUAUUACAAUUAUGUAUUCUGGUUAUGAAACUGUUUCAACCACAUCAAUGAUGGCACUGAAGUACCUCCAUGAUCAUCCCAAAGUUCUUGAAGAAAUCAGAAGAGAACAUUUUGCCAUAAGAGAAAGGAAAAGGCCAGAGGAUCCCAUUGAGUGCAAUGAUCUCAAGUCAAUGAGGUUUACCCGUGCGGUGAUUUUUGAGACCUCGAGAUUAGCUACAAUAGUCAAUGGGGUUCUGAGAAAAACAACACAUGACAUGGAACUGAACGGCUAUUUGAUUCCUGAAGGGUGGAGGAUAUAUGUUUAUACAAGAGAGAUAAAUUAUGACCCAUUUCUGUAUCAUGAUCCACUAAAGUUUAACCCAUGGAGAUGGCUGGGUAACAGUCUAGAGUCACAAAGCCACUUCUUGAUAUUUGGAGGAGGCACAAGACAAUGUCCAGGAAAGGAGUUGGGGAUAGCAGAAAUUUCCACUUUCAUACACUACUUUGUAACUCGAUACAGAUGGGAAGAAGUAGGAGGAGAUAAACUAAUGAAAUUUCCUAGAGUUGUGGCACCAAAUGGACUGCACAUAAGGGUCUCAUCUUAUUAAAUAGGCUUUGUAUAUGUACAUUAAUGAGAUAUAGUGCAUGUUUGGAGAUCCUUCUACGAUUGUUUCUGCUGUCAGAAUCAAUUUUGAGAAAAAAACUUAUAUGAGAAUCUUCUAAUUUCAAAAUAGCUUCUGAAGAAAGUGAAGUGGAUCCAAACAUGCUAAUAGUUUGUAUGCUAAUGAUGCUCUAACAAAUUAGAAAAUCUAUAAAGUUAGUUUCUUCCUCUUCA